GACACUGACAGUUACAACAUGGCAACAGACAGCGAAAGUGAAGAAGACACAGAUGAUGAAAUACGAAGAGUACUGGCAAAAAAGAAGACGAGUGAGAGAGAGAAUGGAUCAGUGAAACAUCAACAGGCGGACUCAGCAGAGAGAAAAGACAAGAAUGGAGACAAGAAGAAGCCAGUUCCAAGAAAAGAAAGAGAAACAGAAAGAGAAGAAGAGGAAGAGCAGCAGGGGAAAACAGCCAAUGGGAAGCUAAGAGAGGAGGUUGGAGCAAAAAGGGCUAAGGUGGAAGCCUCAGGGGAUGAACCCAAGAAGACAGUCAAUGGACGGAAGGAGGGAGCUGGUAAGGAGCGUGAGACGUCACCCGCAUCCGUGGCAGAAGGUUGGGAAAAGCGGAAAGGAGGGAAACGGGUGGAGAAAGAAGGAAAGACAGUGGAAAGGAAGGAAGCAGAAGCAAAUGGCUUUGCAAAGGGGGGCAAUUAUAAGCAGGAGGAAGACGAGGACUACGAUGCUGACACAGAUGUAGACGAGGACAAUAAGAAGUAUCUGCAACCACCGGAUACCUCAGCCUUACCCCUCCCUUCCCUGGGUGAUUACUUCGCUGGCAAGACCUUCUUCAUCUACGGCAGAAUGGAUGAAAACACCAAGAAGAUGGUGCGCAGAUAUAUCAUUGCGUUUAAUGGGACUCUGGAGGAGUAUAUGACAGGAGAAGUGCAGUAUGUAAUCACUGAGGAUGAAUGGGAUGAGAACUUUGAUGCCGCCCUGGAGGAAAACGCGAGUCUGCAGUUUGUGAAGCCUGCGUGGAUAUGGAAGUGCAGCAACAAGGGGAAGUUGGUCCCUCACCAGCCAUUCCUGGUGGUGCCUAGGGAGUGAGAGAAAAGGGAAGGGGGAGGGAGAGGGAGAGGAGUAAGGCCCAGGGAGAUAAGAUGCAAACAGAAAUGUCUUUUUCUCUUUACUAUUUUUUAAACAUAUUUUUCUUUUGUUCUUUAGUUUCCCACCUUCUAUCUCACUUUUUAUUUUUUUAUUAUAGCACACCUAAUUUCUAUAGAAUGCAUGUUAUGGAUGCACUCUGUGGCAUAUAUUUUGUGAAGUAAAAGAGGAAAGUCAUGCUCUGCCUCCUGCACUCUUUUGAUAGACAUCCCCUUUUAUAUGUAUGCAUGUAUGUAUCAUACACACAAGCACAUGCACACGCACUCACACACCCACACCCACUCACACAAACACACUCACCCCCCCAC